AUGCGCGUUACGGAUGGAUACCUAGUGUACGCAGUACAUACACACUCUGUCUCUCAAAGUCUCUGUGUGGCCCCCAUCACCCUUUCAGUAAGUAUAUCUCCCUCUCCGCCUUGUCAUCGUUCGCUCAACGCGUCCUUUGACGGCCCUGUCGCUACCCAGGCACACAUACACACGCACUAUACUGCGUACGUCUGCGCCUUGCAACGUGACUGGUGA